CUAGGCGACUUACGUCAUCGCCGGGCGCCGCUCUCCUCCCGCCCCUCUCUGGAGUGAGGCGAGAGCCCCGCACAGAGCGAGAGAGACAGGAGCUGAGCUUCGGGCGCUGCCGCCGCCGCCGGUGAGAGCGUGAGAGCGAGUGAGUGAGCGAGCAUCCGAGAGACCCGGCGCCCGUGCACUGGACGCCGCCGAGACCUUCGCCGCAGCCCGGGCCAUCGGGAGCCGCGGCCGCCGUCUGCUCCCCCCCUUACCUUCCCGGCCGGCAGCGGCUGCUGCACACGCCGAAGCCGGAGCCCCAGCCAGAGCCGGAGUCGGAGCAGGAGCCGGAGCCCGCGGCCGGGGGGCAGGGAGGCGGCUGCCGCGGAUCGGGACUCAUAGCUGCUCAGCCGGGAGAGGACGCCCGCGAGGGGCUGGGCUUUCUGCCUCGUCCCGGGGUGUGGGGCGAAGGACCCCCCGAGGUGUAGGGAGGGGGUCCCGGCCGCCGCGACACAUGCGGGAGCCGGGAGCGGGGGCGGCGCCGAUCGGAGCCCGCCGGGUCCCCAGCCUUGCCGCCUUCCAUACCGGCCGCCCGGGGCCGUAGCAUCCCAUAGCGGAGUGUAUGAGCCGGGGCCCCCAGCCCAGGAGCCACCUCCGGGCCGGGGGGGCGGGGACCCCGAUGUGAAACGGCCGCGGCGGCGUGGUGAGCGGCCCCGGCGCCGCUGUCCUCUCCUUCCCCUCCCCUCCCCUUCACCCCCUCUUGGGGGGGGCUUCUCCUUGGGCCCGCCGCCGCACCCCGGCUCCUCGGCGGGACUCCAGGAGUUCUCGGCGCCCCCUCCCCGCCCCAGCCCCCCAGGGCGGCGGGGCCGGGGGGGACCCGGGGGGCCCGCUGCAGCCUCCGCCCAGAGGAAACUUUACCCAAACAAAAUCUUCGAGCUUUCUGAUUGUGACUGUCCCGGGACAAGUGGCCCAGGACGGGCUGAAGCCACAGCCUGCAGGGACCUAGGAAGAGAAAAAGCGGUGAGCGGGGGUGCUGUUGCCGCCGCCGCCUCUAUCCCGGCAGCGCGGAAGAGACCCGGGUAGCUGCUUGGUGGAGCGACGCUAGCACCGCUUCUUCCUCAGUUCCGCGCCUAGCCUUCCGCAGCUGCCCGCCUCAGCCCGAAGGAGGAAGGGAGCCAGCCACAUUGUCAGCGCCACCGCUCGACUCUGAAGCGAUACAGUUUGUUUGAGGAAUGCUAAAACACUGAAAUCUCAGCUAUCGAGACUUUUAAAAGGCUCUCUAAGUAUUUGGUACAAGAAUUUCUUCUCUUUAUAUCUUUUGUGAUCCCUCUACACAUUGUGUCUAGACAAUCAGGUAGGUCCUUCAGUGAUGUUGAUCACAUUUACACUGCGGUCGGUAUGCAGUGUGAAUGCCUCUCACUGCCUGUUGCAGAACUUUCUCCUUACUCCACCAGAAACUGUGUACCCAAAUGUGAAACCCUUUGCAUCUUCUGAUAGUCUAGCCAAGGUCCAAGAAGUGGCAAGCUGGCUUUUGGAAAUGAAUCAGGAACUGCUCUCUGUGGGCAGCAAAAGACGAAGAACUGGAGGCUCUCUGAGAGGGAAUGCUUCCUCAAGCCAGGUUGAUGAGGAGCAGAUGAAUCGCGUGGCUGAGGAGGAUCCACAGCAGCAAGCGAGACAUCAAGAGGAGGAGCACACUGCGCGGAAUGGUGAACUUGUGGGUGCAGACCCUAGGCCUGGAGACCAGAACGAUUCCCAGCAAGGACAAGUGGAAGAAAAUAAUAACCGCUUUAUUUCAGUAGAUGAGGACUCUUCGGGAAACCAGGAAGAGCAAGAGGAAGAUGAAGAGCAUGCUGGGGAACAGGAUGAGGAGGAGGAGGAGGAGGAAGAGGAGGAGGAGAUGGACCAGGAGAGUGAUGAUUUUGAACAAUCUGAUGACAGUAGCAGAGAAGAUGAACAUACGCACAAUAGCAAUGUCACAAACUGCAGUAGUAUCACGGACCUGCCCGUUCACCAGCUCUCCUCCCCAUUCUAUACAAAGACAACAAAAAUGAAAAGAAAGUUGGACCAUGGUUCUGAGGUCCGUUCCUUUUCUUUGGGAAAGAAACCAUGCAAAGUCUCAGAUUAUACCAGUACCACUGGGCUUGUACCAUGUUCAGCAACACCAACAACUUUUGGGGACCUGAGAGCAGCCAAUGGGCAAGGGCAGCAACGGCGGAGGAUUACAUCUGUCCAACCGCCCACAGGCCUCCAAGAGUGGCUGAAAAUGUUUCAGAGCUGGAGUGGACCAGAGAAGUUGUUGGCUUUAGAUGAGCUCAUUGAUAGCUGUGAACCAACACAAGUGAAGCAUAUGAUGCAAGUGAUAGAGCCCCAGUUCCAGCGAGACUUCAUCUCCUUGCUCCCUAAAGAGUUGGCACUCUAUGUACUUUCAUUCCUGGAACCCAAAGACCUGCUGCAAGCGGCUCAGACUUGUCGAUACUGGAGAAUUUUGGCUGAGGAUAACCUUCUCUGGAGAGAGAAAUGUAAAGAAGAGGGUAUUGAUGAACCAUUGCACAUCAAGAGAAGAAAAAUAAUAAAACCAGGUUUCAUACACAGCCCAUGGAAGAGUGCAUACAUCAGACAGCACAGAAUUGAUACCAACUGGAGACGAGGAGAACUCAAAUCUCCUAAGGUGCUGAAAGGGCAUGACGAUCAUGUGAUCACGUGCCUGCAGUUUUGUGGCAACCGCAUAGUUAGUGGUUCUGAUGACAACACUUUAAAAGUUUGGUCAGCCGUCACGGGCAAGUGUCUGAGGACAUUAGUGGGACAUACAGGUGGAGUGUGGUCAUCACAGAUGAGAGACAAUAUCAUCAUCAGUGGAUCGACUGACCGGACUCUCAAAGUGUGGAAUGCUGAGACUGGAGAGUGUAUACACACUUUAUACGGGCACACUUCCACUGUACGGUGUAUGCAUCUCCAUGAAAAAAGGGUUGUGAGCGGUUCUCGAGAUGCCACUCUCAGGGUUUGGGAUAUUGAGACUGGCCAGUGUUUACACGUCUUGAUGGGUCAUGUAGCAGCAGUCCGCUGCGUUCAGUAUGAUGGCAGGAGGGUUGUUAGUGGAGCAUAUGAUUUUAUGGUGAAGGUGUGGGAUCCAGAGACUGAGACCUGUCUACACACGUUACAGGGACACACUAAUAGAGUCUAUUCAUUACAGUUUGACGGCAUCCAUGUGGUGAGUGGAUCUCUUGAUACAUCAAUCCGAGUCUGGGAUGUGGAGACAGGGAACUGUAUUCACACACUAACAGGACACCAGUCGUUAACAAGUGGAAUGGAACUCAAAGACAAUAUUCUUGUCUCUGGGAAUGCAGAUUCUACAGUUAAAAUCUGGGAUAUCAAAACAGGACAGUGUUUACAAACAUUGCAAGGUCCCAGCAAGCAUCAGAGCGCUGUGACCUGCUUACAGUUCAACAAGAACUUCGUAAUUACCAGCUCAGACGACGGAACGGUGAAACUCUGGGACUUGAAAACGGGUGAAUUUAUCCGAAACCUCGUCACAUUGGAAAGUGGGGGGAGUGGGGGAGUUGUGUGGCGGAUCAGGGCCUCAAACACAAAGCUGGUGUGUGCAGUUGGGAGUCGGAAUGGGACUGAAGAAACCAAGCUGCUGGUGCUGGACUUUGACGUGGACAUGAAAUGAAAAGCAGACAAGAUGAAUUUUGUCCAACUGUGUAGACAGUAUACUCCCUACCCUCCCCCCUGAGCAAAAAAAAAAAAAAAAAAAAAAAAAAACAAAAACAAACAAAAAAUGAAAAAACAAAAAACAAAAAAAAAGAAAAAAGAAAAGGAAAAAAAUCCCUUGUACUCAGUGGUGCAGGAUGUUGGCUUGGGACAACAGACUGAAAAGACCUACAGACUAAGAAGGUAAGAAGAGACAAGAGACCGUAACUGACAGGAGGCGGCAGCUGUUGCAUCACGCAAAGGCCUCACUUCUGACUGAGGGGCAGCUUGGUGAAACGAGACUCUCUAAAUCCAACCAGGUGCAAUUAUUCUUUAUUUUCUUCUCCAGUGGUCAUUGGGCAGAGCUACAUCGGCGUUGUUACCAUCACCUAGAAAGGAGUGGCAAUAAUAUCCAAACCCGGGCUGGUUAUCUUCUAAUUAGAGAGCAU